UGCUCACCAAUGGUCGAUUCCCUACCGACUCCGCUGGCCCCGCUCCUCCCUAUCACCACUAAUCACCAUCCAUGUGUGAGUGAUGACGAUAAUUCCUAGGGAUGAUGAUACGCCCCGGUGGAGCCCGGAUUGUGGAUUCGAGCAACUGCGGAUGGCGGAUGGAGGGCAGUAAACCCGCCGUAGCAGCAGUAGCAGCAGUAGCAGCAGCAGCAGCAGCAGCAGCAACAUGCACCCCAUCACCACCACCAGCACCACCACCAUCGACUCCACUAUCAUUCCUCCUACGUAUCGACUGCAGUACGCCGUACCAUCCCAGCAGUAACACCCUCAGUAAUGUGUUGAACCAUCCAUCAGAAACAUCCCCCAUUUCUAGUUCAAUGACUUCGGCUGGUCCGCCACUAUCGCUCUUCAAAGCUUGUUAUAUAUGAUCCCAGCUCCGCCCUCCUCUUUUUCUUCUUUCCUUCCGUCAUCCUUCUAUCCAUUCUCAUCUUCUUCUUCCAUCACUACCACUUCCUUCCAGGUGAAGAGCUCUUCGGUUCAUUUCCUGGUUUUCAUCUUAUAAUAGGAGUGAUAUCAUCC